GUUUGUGUGUGUAUGUGUAUUAUUUGGCAUUGAACGAGGCCUAAUUGAUAGCCUGGCCACCCCUUCAGGUUCUUGUCCACAUCCCGUUGCUUACUUGGACCCGCCACCCGGGCCUCAAGGCCAUUGGUUAACACCUCUUUAGCCGCCCCACGGCUCCCCCCCCGGGGUCAAGAUAUCUUCGGGCUGAGGCUAUGAAUGUGCUGGAUUUACCGGCGGGUCGCAGUGGUGGAGGCGGAGGGGGCAGCGUGAGCGGGUCGGGCACGGGUGGGGCCCAUCCCCGCUUGUGCUAUGCGGGUUUCAAUCAGGAUAGUGGCUGCUUCGUGGCGGGCACGCGCGACGGAUUCCGCAUCUACAACGCCGACCCGCUCCGUCAGAAGUCCGUCCAUCCACUCCCCGCCAUGAUGAGCCUCAUACCGCCGUCGAACACCGCGUCGCCUGCCGCCGCCUGGCCUACCGCUGCCACGGCGGAAGCGGGGGCGGUGGGCGUGAUCUUGGCCGAGAUGCUGUUUCGGUGCAAUUACGUGGCUUUGGUGUUGGCCGAUCGUCCACGGAGUGUCAAGAUCUGGGAUGAUUUGAAGAUGCGCUUCGUGGCCGAUCUGGAGUUCAAUUCGCCCGUGAAGGCCGUCAAAUUGCGGCGGGACCGCAUCGUUGUGGUCACACCCGAGAUUAUCAAGGUGUUCACCUUCACCUCCGCCCCUCAAUCGCUUCAUGUCUUUGAGACCCCGCCCAAUCCUCGCGGUCUAUGCUCCUUGUCGCCUUCGUCAGAAAACUCACUUUUGGCCUUCCCCGCCCUAGAAAAUGGGCAAGUCCGUCUUUUUGACUUGGCCGAACCCGAAAAACCCAUGGCCAUCGUCGUGGCCCAUUCUACCAGGCUCUGUUAUUUGAUGCUGAAUGUCCAAGGAACCAAGCUGGCCACGGCCUCCGAGAAGGGCACGCUCAUCCGAGUGUUCAAUGCUUCCAACGGCGAGUUUAUCACCGAACUCAGACGGGGUACUCAACCGGCCACGAUCUACUCGAUCAAUUUCAGCUCGGACUCGAGUCUUCUUUGUGCGUCCAGUUCUCACGGCACAAUUCACGUGUUCUCGUUGGCGGAUCCUAAGCGGAAUAAGCAGUCUUCUUUGGCCUCAUCCGGAUUUGUCAAUCUGUCGAUUCUACCGAAAUACUUCGCGUCCGAGUGGAGCUUUUCCCGCAUCGAGAUCCCCGGUGCCACGCCGUGCAUUUGCGCCUUCGGGGCCACGCCCAAUUCGAUAUUAGCCGUGUGUGCGGAUGGCAGCUAUCACAAGUUUCUGUUUGAAAAGAAUAACUUCACCCGUGACGUGUACCAACAAUUUCUCGAGCUCACCGAGGUCUCUUGAAUGAACAUACACCUAGAUGCGAUGGGAGCUCGGAUUUGAUGUUCCUUUUUGUUGCGAAUUGUUUAUUUAGUUAUUCACUGUUAAAUUGCCGCUCGAUCUGAUACUGUGAUAGCCGUGUCUCAAUUUUGCAAUAAAUCAUGUGAGCCGUU